ACAAACAGACGGAGAAAGGAGCGAUGGCCAAUCUGCGACGCAAGUUGGAAUGGCAGUCUAAAACCUUAUAAAUGAAGCAAAAGAAGUAAUAAUGUCCCGCUGAAAAUAUGCAUAUCGGAAUAUAUUUGUAGAAAGAAUGGAAACGUAUGAAAAAGUAUAUUUCUUCCCUGUUCAUAAUCUUACUAUUUAUGAUCUGUAUGAUUGGGCUUGCAAAGAUAAUGAUUCCCGUGGCACAGUAGUCAACAGGACAAUGGUCAAAGUGAAGAAUCAGUCAUCUCCUCGUUUGUCAAGAUCACCAAGCAGAAAAUCAUCCCUUAGAGCUGGAAGCCUAGUUAAAGUAAAUGAACAAGAUGUGGCUCUUUUCCGUUAUGGAGAUGUUGUUUAUGCCAUCUCUGAACACUGCCCGCAUGCAGGUGGUCCGCUGCAUGUUGGUGACAUUGAAGAUGUUCCUGGGAAGUCUUUGUGCGUCAGAUGUCCAUACCAUGGUUGGAAAUUUGACCUCGAAACUGGGAAAUGUUGUCAUCCUAAAUCAAGAGGAGAUUUGUCGGCCAUUGUUUAUCCAGUCCGAGUUGAUCCAGAAAGCGGGGAAAUGGCAGUUGGAUUUGAUCAGUUUAAUCCAUUUUAUUUCACUGGUUCCAGUUUUUGACUCUCCCUCCCAUUUCUUCAUAAAUAUGCACAAAUUCUAAAGUAAGUUUGCACAUCAGUAUAAUAAGACUGGUCUUCCAAUACAUUUUAGUAUACUUGGGGAAUAGUUCCCAUAUGCACAUCUUUAUGAUUAUUCCUCACUGACUUCUAUCAGAUGAUAGGAAUUCAAUAUUUCUGCUAAUAUUCACCAGAAAACAUUAAAAUGUGGUUACAUCUAUACACCUGCGCAUGCAGACAUAUGUGCACAAAUGUGAACACACUUACUUAAUCCUCAUACAUUCACCCAUACUGACACUCUCAUUGAGAAUACAAAAAUGGUUAUUUUGCAUAUAUAUUAUAGAUAUAAAAAAUACUGUGAUUAAGAAAUUCUAUUAUUGUAAAAAAAAAAGUGGCAUAUUGUGCAUUAUAUACCUCUUGUUCUAUAGAUGUUAAGAGUAAAGCUCUUCCAUAAUAUCAGGCAGUGUCUUCAUUAGAUAGGAGAGUGUUGAGUAUGCCUGUGCAUUCCUCACAUGUGGUUCAGCAAUCAUGUUAUGCUGUAGACAGUAGAUGGUUGGAAGGCCAUGCACAGUAUGGUUGAAAAAAGCAGUGUAUGUAAAAAGAAAAAAAAAUGUGUUACAAAAGCAUAUAUAUAUAAGACUGAGUUGUGCCUAGCAGCAAAAUACUCCAUAGCAUUUUUUGAUUUUUUGCCUUGCUGCAAGUAAAUGUAGCCACGUUAUGUUACCUCAUACCAUAUGAUCUUACCACUGUCUGAUAGUAUGGAUACAGCAUAAACUGCAUACUCUUCAGGGAUUAUAUUUUUUUAAAUGUUUUAUGUAUCAAGAUAUCCAAAUGGUGCCAAAAGAAAAAAAAUAUUUUAUGAAUACUCAUACAGAGUACUUCAGAGAUAUAUUUUCUGAAUAUAUUUACAAAUAUGAGGAGAUAUGAAUAUUUUAUGAGUUGUUCUUAUUUUUGGAUAAGUAUUUACUAUUUCCUAAAAUUUGAUUUAGGAACAGAUGGGAAGUGCAUAUUAAGAUUUUAUAAUAUUUUUAUCUAUUGCUUAUAUAUGUUGGCAAAUGUAAUCAGAAUCAAUUUAGACAGCCAUUAAAGGCAAAUGUAUAUUGUAUAUUUUUUCUUUUUUUUUCAUGUAAAACUGCUAAAUUUAUAAUGUACUGGUUUAUGAGCCAAUAAGAAUGUGAUUAAAUAAAGAAGUUACAUUACC